CUUUUCGUUUCCAUAGAGCGCGCUUCGAAUCGCAUGUCAGGAGCACGUUGGUCGCGGAUCGGUUUUCACGUUCUGUGCUCUUGACAUUCUCUUUGGGGCCAAAUUCGAGGCGGAACACAGUUACUUGUACAUUUAUAUUCUUCUACGUAAAUUUUAAGUGACAGAAUGUCUGGACGUGAAGGUGGAAAGAAGAAGCCUCUGAAGGCGCCAAAGAAGGCCGACAAAGAUUUGGAUGAGGAAGAUUUAGCUUUCAAGCAGAAGCAAAAAGAAGCACAGAAGGCUCUUGCAGAUGCUAAGAACAAAGCUGGCCAAAAAGGACCCUUGGUCAGUGGGGGAAUCAAGAAAUCUGGAAAGAAAUAACACAUACCUCUUCUACAUUGCAACUAUGUUUAUUAUAAAUUAAGAAGUUUUGCACUUUUUAGUGCAUUUUUCUCAAAAUGGAUAAGGACAUUCAAUAAGUUGUUUUUUAACAUGUUAAAAUUGUAAUAAAACAUAGACAUUUGGACAAUUUGCAUUUGGACAAGUUUUUAAAUGAGAAGUUUCUUGAUAGUAAUAGAAUAUUUUGGAAAGUAAACUACAAAUAAAUAAAUUAUUUCAG